AUGUAAAAAACAUUUGCUAUGGAUGUUAGAAAUAUUGGAGGUCUAAGAGCAACAGCUGAUCAUCUUUAUAAACAUUAAAUUGCUGUAUAAAAUGCAAAACCAUCUAUAAAUAUAAAACCACCAAAACCUGUAUGAUUAUAUAUAAUAAAAGCCUGUAGAUCAAAAAUAGCGCCAAGAAUGUAAAUAAAAUGCUGAUGAUGAUUUUAAUAAUGUACUUAAAACAUUUAAAGCUGUUGUUUAAACUAAAAAAAUGUAUGAUUAAACAAUUUAUAGUAGUUUAGAAUUGAUAACAAUCAGCCUUUCAUGAAAAAAAGAACUCCAAAUAAUAAGAAUAAAAAAGAAAAAUUUGAAUAAUAUGAGCAUGAAAUGAAUAUAAAAGCAUAAAAAAGAAGAAUAGGAAGUGCUGGAUCAAUGUAAGAAAGAAAAAAGAAUUAAUUUGAUCCUGUAGCUCAUCCUCCUGUAUUUUUUAGAAGAGAAGGUUAAAAUUUAUCAAAUUGUCGACUUGAUAAUUUAAUGCAAUAUAUUGUAAUUGAAUUUUUUAAUAUAAAUAGUCAAAAGAACAAUAAUAAUCAGGUGAAAAAAUUAAUUUAAGUGCAUCUAUAAAAAGAUGGUAGAGAUCUAAAUCUUCAAAUAAAAAAUCAUAAAUAAAAAUAUAAUAAUUUGUAGAAGAAACAGAGAAAAAAGAUGGAGAAUUUGUUUAUGAUUUACCUAAAUUAAAAGGAUAAGAGAAAAAAGAUUAUUAUGAAUUAAAAAAAGAAUUAAUUAGUAAAAUAAAAUAUAAUUUAUUAAGUGAUAAUAUUCAAACAUAGAAUUUACAAAAGUGAUGAUUUAGAAGCUUUAUUUGGUAGACUAUUAAUACAUAAUCCAUCAUUACAUAUGGUAUGGAUUGAAGAUAUUUUCAAUGAAAUUAGAGAAGAAUUUCUAGAUUUCGAAUGA